ACAAGUUAGGUUCCCAUCUAUGAUCAAUACAGGAAAGCACCUUUAUCGAUCGAAGCCUGAGUUUCCGGUGAUGAAAGUUGUCUGUAAUGAAUCCAGUUUGCGACGAUAUUUUAAGAUGUCUCGCUGUGCGUCUUCCUCGUCGCCUUUGUCCGACCACGUAGGAGAGAAAAUCGCGGCCCCAAAUCGCUAUUUGGCUGACGCCCAGAUUCGGGCGGCAGCGAAAGUGUAUCGGUCAUAGAAUCGCACGCGACAAUCGCUCGUCUUCUUCGACUAGGAUGCACCGUGGGUGAUGCCCUAUAAAUAUAUAUGGGGGUCACGGUUCUGAAGCGAACUCAGUUUUUCGUCGGCAUCGCCACCAGCAGCUGAAACUCGAGCGAUCAUCAUGAGGCUGUACCUGAUAAUAUCACUGAUGUUGGCCAGCGGUAUAGCAGUUAACGCCGGGAGAAAUUCAGAGCAACGAAAGAAGACUAUCAUUAAGGAGAAAAAAUACGAAAAAAGAGAAUUGGACGGUUUGCAAGGGUACAGUUUACAGCAGGAACAUCAGGAGCAACUGUAUGGUCCGCCAUCAGCUCCAUCACCUCCGGUAUAUGAGAUUCCAGCGCCAGAUCUUGCGCAUCCCAUACCGGGACACGUGCCGGAACAGCCAGUUGGACAUCCACUCGCGGCAGUGCCGGUCCCCUUUCCGCAGCCAGUACCGCAUCCGAUACCGCAGCCGAUCGCGGUGCCUGUGGCGGUGCCAAUUACCAAGCAUAUACCGGUUCCCGUAGCCGUGGAGAAGAUCGUCCCCGUGGCAGUGGCGGUCCCCAAGCCGUAUCCCGUCCCCGUGGAGAAGAUCGUUCACGUGGAUCGGCCGGUUCCGGUGCCGGUUGAGAAACCGGUACACAUCCCGGUGGAUCGGCCGGUGCACGUGGCGGUACCGGUGCCGAAACCAUAUCCCGUUACUCUCGAGAAGAUCGUGCGCGUAGACCGGCCGUAUCCGGUACACGUGGCUGUACCGGUACACGUGCCAAAACCAUAUCCAGUGCCGGUCACCAUACACGCGCAUUACAAAUCGCACGGCUGGUGGUGACGCGCACUCGCAUUUCCACUUCGUUGCUUAUCAUUACUUGACAUAUUCAUAAUUUUUGUAAUAUAAUUAUAAGUGCAAUUAUUUUAGACUUUGUCAAUCAUAAUUAAUCUUG